CACGGCGAAUCCGGUAUUUACAUCAGUUUACAUUCAUUUUUAGGUUAUAAUUAAUGUCAAAAGCAUGACAAUCAUGAUUUUUUGGAAAAUGUCAAAUCGAAAUUUGGUAAUAUGACAAUCAUAAACUUCGAAAUAAAUUCGGGCAAACGUAGAAUAGGUCACGUUGUUUUAGAUUUUAAUAAAUGUUCAUGUACAGAUAAUAAAGACAAUCGUAAAGUAUGUGAAAUUCAAAAUAAUUUCAAAUGUCUUUCGCUAAGACGAAGUGAUUCUGGAGAUUUUAUUCGUAAAAAAGCAUCAACGAAAUUGAGGAAAACACCAGUUUUACGAAUUGAUGGUUAUUUAUUAAGAUUACUUAUAAAUGAAUUAAUUAUUUCGAAAAAAUUUCGAACGAAUUUUCUACAUAAAUAUGAAUAUUUUUUGAAAAAUCAUUGUUGUCAAGAAAAACUUAAAAUCCGAAUCGAUUUACAGUCUUCGAAUAGUGAAUUUAUAGAUUAUACAUGGAACGAAAAACUCACUUUACUCUGUUUGGAACGACAAGAAUUAGAUUUCACAAUGUCAUGGCUAUCAACAUUAGGUGGUGCUUUUUCAGCUUUAGGUGAUCAUUUUAUAAAUUGUGCUGAAAUUGCGGGUAAAAUAUCCUUGCAACAAUUUAAAUUAGCUAUGCGUAUUGGUGAUCCAUUAACGGUAGCUCGAUGUAAAUUAUAUCUUAGUUUAAGUUUAGUACAACGAGAAAAAUUUCGUUUGGCAAAAUAUAUAAUUUUGGAACAGUAUAAUUUAGCGAAAAGUAAUUCAAUUAUUGAUUAUCGAUUAAUUAAUAUGUGUAAAGGUAUAUGGGCUAAAUUAAAAUACGAAAAGAAAAUUUAUAAAUUAGGUCAAUUAAAUAAGAAAGGUCGAAACUCAUUAGUCAGAAUUCAAUAA